AUGUCUACCUCGACUGCUCCCCUUCGUUGUAUUUCGAGCCCAUUUGCUGUCCUGUCUCCAUUCCAGCGACGAUCCUUCCAGUCCGGCGGUUUGUCAAGAAACCUCCUCGCCCAUAUGGAACAAUCUGCCAAUAGGAACCCAACAAGCGCAACUGCCCAGAAUGCCUUUUACCAGGCUCUUCUGAAAGCCAACAUGCCCGCCAUCAUAAUUGAACGAUACCAAUCUGGACGCUUCGCUACCAACCCCGCCGCCACUGACGCCUACCACAAGGCCCUCAGCAUGCUGGCACCCGCGGUUGGCCAGGGCGUCGACGGCCAAGAUAUCGGCGAAACUGUUCGGAACCUGCCUGGUAAUCUCACUCCUACCCAAAUUCAAGCUGUUACUCAAGCCUUGGCCGCUCGUUCGCGUGGCUCCACUCUCGCAGUUGCCAACAACCAAGGCACGCAAGCUAGUGGCACAAAGGAUGGCCCACUUCACGUCGUCGUGGACGAGACAGUCGGCAGCAGUGUCUUCAAAUGGGUCAAAUUUAUUCUCUGGUUUUGUCUCAUCACCUAUCUCUCACUCAUCAUCAUUACAAUGAUCAUCGAAGGUCUCAGUGUCUUCAAGCGGCCCGGUGCCAAAGUGGACAGCGAGGUUAAGGCUGAGCAGCAAAAGGCUCGAUUUACUGACGUUCACGGUGCUGACGAGGCCAAGGAAGAGUUACAGGACAUGGUCGAAUUCUUACGCAACCCUGAAAAGUUCUCCCAGCUCGGUGGCAAACUCCCUAAGGGUAUUCUCCUGGUUGGACCUCCCGGCACAGGAAAGACGCUACUCGCACGAGCCGUAGCUGGUGAGGCCGGUGUCCCGUUCUUCUACAUGUCGGGUAGUGAGUUCGACGAAGUAUACGUUGGUGUUGGUGCCAAGCGUGUUCGAGAUCUUUUCGCUGCUGCAAAGUCCAAGUCGCCUGCUAUUGUCUUUAUCGACGAACUUGACGCCAUCGGAGGUCGACGUAAUGCGCGUGAUGCAGCCUAUGUCAAACAGACACUCAACCAGCUGCUUACAGAACUUGACGGGUUUGAUCAGAGUGCCAACGUGAUCAUCAUUGGCGCCACCAACUUCCCCGAACUCCUAGAUAAGGCUCUUACUCGUCCUGGCCGGUUUGACCGACAUGUUACGGUCGACCUUCCCGAUGUUCGUGGUAGACUAGCCAUCCUUAAGCAUCACGCGAAGAAAAUUAAGGCAGACAAGGAUGUUGAUCUAAAGGCCAUUGCCCAAACCACCUCUGGUCUAUCUGGUGCUGAGCUGGAGAACAUUGUCAACCAAGCCGCCGUCCAUGCUAGUAAAAACAAGGCGAAAGUUGUUGGGAAGUCAGAUUUCGACUGGGCCAAAGAUAAGAUUAUCCUCGGUGCUGAGAGAAAAAGUAUGGUGAUUAGUGCAAAGGAGAAAGAGAUGACGGCUUAUCACGAGGCGGGUCACGCUCUCGUCAAUCUCCUAACCAAGGGAUCUAGCAACACGUUGUACAAGGUUACCGUUCUGCCUCGCGGGCCGUCGCUUGGGCACACAGGCUUCCUACCUGAGAUGGACAAGUACUCGUACACUGUAGACAACUACCUUGCUAUGAUUGAUACGUCUCUGGGAGGGAAACUUGCGGAAGAAAUUAUCUACGGUCCAAACAAAGUCACCAGUGGUGCUUCUUCGGAUCUGCAGAAAGCCACGCAAGUUGCCUUCAGCAUGGUUGCCUCUCUAGGUAUGUCUACGAAACUAGGCAAUAUGGAAUAUGGUAGCCGAUACGAGACGCUCAGCAGCGAAACUAAAGCUCUGGUCGAAGCUGAGGUCCAACGAACCGUAAAUGAAGCCUAUGAGCGGGCGAAAAAACUAUUGUUGGAUCAUCGUAAAGAGCUCGAUCUGCUGGCCAAGGCACUCGUCGAUUACGAGACUCUAAGCAAAGACGAGGUUGAGAAGGUCAUACGAGGUGAAACGCUACCUGACCGUAUGCUUGUCCCCAAAGGGCCAAUGACAAUUCCAGCUUCAGCCAAGGCCCCGUCUCCUGGAGAGGGUGUUCCCGGUUCCGAACCACCUUCGACACCACCACCUCCUCCUCCUCCGCCGGCCGUUGCACCUCGCCGGGACUGA